CCACUAGUCAACAUGUGUAGUGGAGCCGAGGGUGGACCCUGGCCUCUCGGGAAGGACGCGCCGACCGUCGCCGCGGCUGCAAUCGACCACUACCGUCUGCAACUUUACAAUUACGCCGUCGCUGAGAGACUUCGCCUCUACCCACCAACCGUUGCACCAUGUUACGCGCCUUACGGACCGCGACUCGCACUCUCCAUGUCGCUACUGCAACAGCGAGUGAUGCAGCCAGAAGAACCGAAGCCCCAGCACAGUUAUAUAGGUCUCAUCGCUAUGGCAAUUCUAAGCUCGCCGGAACGAAAACUAGUGUUAUCUGAUAUUUAUCAACAUAUCCUGGAUAAUUACCCGUAUUUCCGUAGCCGUGGUCCCGGAUGGAGAAAUUCGAUACGACAUAAUCUAUCCCUAAACGACUGUUUCGUAAAAGCUGGCAGAUCGGCUAACGGAAAAGGACAUUACUGGGCAAUACAUCCAGCAAAUAUUGAAGACUUUAGGAAAGGAGACUUCAGAAGACGUAAGGCUCAAAGGAAAGUGAGGAAACACAUGGGGUUAGCGGUGGAUGAUGACGGUGAAGAUUCUCCGUCACCACCGCCACAAUCGCCACCACCUACUGCGUUGCCCUUACCUUUCUGGGGCACAGGCAGGCUUCCUAGCAGUGGACAGGCGAGGAAGAGGCAAUUCGACGUCGCAUCACUUCUUGCUCCGGACGAUGUGCCAGUUAAACUACAAAGGCGGGAUAGUAGCUGCGAGGAGGAACCAGAAGAGGAUAUAGAUGUGGUUGCAAGUGAUCAAGAGGACCGUGCGACGGACGAAGAGACCCGGGUGCCGGUGACGCCCGCGGCUCAGUACCCGCUGCUCGGCGGAUGGUGGCCUGCGCUGGACCCAGCGCUGCUGCAGCAACUGCGUCGGCAGUCCACACCGGCGACGCCCGCCCCUUCCAGCCCCACAGACCAACAACAUCCCCCGGAUACCUAGACUGUGAAUAAAAAUAGUGCUAUACGAUAUUGUGAAUACUCAGAUAUGUAAAUAUGCCGACGGAUGUGUUUUGCCAUGUGGUAUACUUUCUGUUUUUUCUUUUUUUUUAAUACUAGAAUAUUAUUUAUCUAUAUCUAACUUACCUAUUAUAAAUAAUUCUGCGUCCGGACAAUGAUUUAUUUUAUCUCCGCGCUUUUUUCAUUCGUUCCUUUUUUGCUGA